AUGGUUGAAAAACAUGUGCUGUCAAGUAAACGGAGUCUGGGUCGUUUCGAAAGCUCUCUCGGAGUAUUGUCCGCAAAGUUCAUGAAACUCCUUAGCGAGACAGAAAACGGCAUCCUGGAUCUGAACCACGCAGCGACAUCGCUUUCAGCACAAAAGCGACGAGUCUAUGAUAUUACGAAUGUACUCGAGGGAAUCGGUCUGGUUUCGAAGUUAUCAAAGAGUAAAGUGGCACUGCGUCGUGUAGAUGAAGACUUUGUUGAGACAACGAGUGGACAGCACAAGGAACACAAGUCUUUGAGUCGUACUGUGAAUAUUGAGUCAUCACAGACACUACCGCUCGCGUCUGAAGAUGAUGCGAGCUUACAUAUAGAAACUAUUAGAUCGUUUAUUCGCUCCGUUUUUACAGAUAGCCAGCUUGAGACUGGCAUUUUCAUAUCUCAGGCCGAUAUUAUUGAGCAACAUGCGCUGUCGAGCGACAUGUUGAUAGCCGUUCGAGCUCCAACAGGAGCGGCUCUGCUGCUACCGAGUCCAUUCACGCAGGAGCGAUCGCCUCCCCAUUAUCGUCUGUUCCUUCGGUCGAAUGAGAACAGCUCAGCUGGCGUGGAAGUGUUUGUUCUGGCAACAGACGGGUCAUCAGAUUAG